UGAAACAAUAUUACAGCAGACUGCAAGGCGUAAAUCAUGAAAUUAUCUUUAAUCUGCAUUUGUGUGAGCCUUGUGCUCAUACAGAUUGUAGACGUCACAGGACAGUGCGAUGAAGGAUCCAUGGAUACAAAUCCUGGGGAUAAUGGAGGACCCCUCGGUGAUGGACCGGGAGAUGAGUUGUAUCCCAAUUACGAGAACCCCGAUUAUCCAGAGCCCGACUGUUACAAUGACUCCUGGACCACAACAAAAAAACCAAAGAAAAAGAAGCACAAAACUACAACAAAACGACCCAAAAAGAACCACAAAAGAACCACCAAAAGAACCACAACCAAAAGAACAAGAAAGCCAAAAACAACUACAGAUGUCCCUGAUACCACUGUUUGGAGCCCCCCAGUAACACCUCCAUCGUGUCCAGACUCUACGUCACAAUUAAGUACAAUUACCGAGUCGACUACAGACCCAACGCCGACAGACAGCCCAACCUGUAAACCACCACCCCCAACUUGCAAUCCUCCGCCAACCACUACAACAAGUACACCUCCGCCUCCAACUUGCAAUCCUCCACCUACAGAACCUCCACCUACACUACCGCCCCCAACUUGCAAUCCUCCUCCAACCUCGACAACAAGUGCACCACCACCAACUUGCAAUCCUCCUACAACGACGCCGCGAACUACUCCACCACCCCCAACUUGCAAUCCUCCUACAACGACGCCGCGAACAACUCCACCACCCCCAACAUGUAAUCCUCCUACGACGACGCCGCGAACCACUCCACCGCCCCCAACUUGCAAUCCUCCUACAACGACGCCUCGAACUACUCCACCACCUCCAACUUGCAAUCCUCCUAAAACGACGCCGCAAGCUACUCAACCGCCCCCAACUUGCAAUCCUCCUACAAUGACGCCUCGAACUACUCCACCACCCCCAACAUGUAAUCCUCCUACGACGACGACGCGAACAACUCCACCGCCCCCAACUUGCAAUCCUCCUACAACGACGCCUCGAACUACUCCACCACCCCCAACAUGUAAUCCUCCUACGACGACGACGGGAACAACUCCACCACCCCCAACUUGCAAUCCUCCUACGACGACGCCGCGAACCACUCCACCACCCCCAACAUGCAAUCCCCCUACGACGACGCCUCGAACCACUCCACCGCCCCCAACUUGCAAUCCUCCCACAACGACGCCGAGAACUACUCAACCACCCCCAACUUGCAAUCCUCCUACAAGGACGCCUCGAACUACUCCACCACCCCCAACAUGUAAUCCUCCUACGACGACGCCGCGAACCACUCCACCGCCCCCAACUUGCAAUCCUCCUACAACGACGCCUCGAACUACUCCACCACCUCCAACUUGCAAUCCUCCUAAAACGACGCCGCGAGCUACUCAACCGCCCCCAACUUGCAAUCCUCCUACAACGACGCCUCGAACUACUCCACCACCCCCAACAUGUAAUCCUCCUACGACGACGACGCGAACAACUCCACCGCCCCCAACUUGCAAUCCUCCUACAACGACGCCUCGAACUACUCCACCACCCCCAACAUGUAAUCCUCCUACGACGACGCCGCGAACCACUCCACCGCCACCAACUUGCAAUCCUCCUACAACGACGCCGCGAACUACUCAACCGCCCCCAACUUGCAAUCCUCCUACGACGACGCCGCGAACCACUCCACCGCCCCCAACUUGCAAUCCUCCUACAAAGACGCCUCGAACUACUCCACCACCCCCAACAUGUAAUCCUCCUACGACGACGCCGCGAAUUACUCAACCGCCCCCAACUUGCAAUCCUCCUACGACGACGCCGCGAACUACUCAACCGCCCCCAACUUGCAAUCCUCCUACGACGACGCCGCGAACCACUCCACCGCCCCCAACUUGCAAUCCUCCUACAAAGACGCCUCGAACUACUCCACCACCCCCAACUUGCAAUCCUCCCACAACCACGCCACGGGAUACUCCACCGCCACCAACUUGCAAUCCUCCUACAACGACUCCGCGAACUACUCCACCACCCCCAACUUGCAAUCCUCCCACAACCACGCCAAGGAAUACACCACCACCACCAACUUGCAAUCCUCCUACAACAACACCACGGAAUACCCCACCGCCCCCAACUUGCAAUCCUCCUACAACCGCGACAACAAUUGCACCACCACCAACUUGCAAUCCCCCGACAACCACUCCAAGAAGUACAACUUCGUCAACCACUCGAAGUCCAACAACCACGACGACUCCACCACCUACGGUCACAACGCGUCGUCCUUGUCCGUGUCAGCCGGGCCCCUCCAACCCAAAUCCGCCAUCUUGGUGGUAUCCGUUCCCCAUUUAUCCGAAUCCCUUGUGGCCUUGGCUGCCAUCUCCAUAUCCAAAACCGUUCCCACAAUGGCCGCAGUGGCCGGGAUCACCCCCCUCUUCACCAGGCUCCCAAUGGCCAGGUAAUCCCAACUGGCCAGAGCCCCAGCCACCUUCUAACUGGCCCUGGCCGUGGCCCAAGCCUCCUGUGGUAGUCCCCAGUGGUGACGGAUGUGAGAACAUUUGCGAGAACCUCUUGAAGGGAGUUAAGUACCAGGAAGAUCUUAUCAGGAAGUGCUUGUGUCCUAGACCAUAAGUUUAUCGUGUAUCUUGUCAUUAGAUUUGUACCAUAGUUAUUGAUUAAAGUUUUAAAUUUUUUAAAAUGUCAA